GAAGAAUCCAUUAAUGGCUGCUGCUGGAAAAAGAGAGAUGAUUGAAGAUUUGGUUUUGGUUUUUGGAUUAGUAACAGUUCAGAUUAUAUAUGCAGGAAAUUCAGUAUUGUUAAGUUAUCUUUUGAAGUUGGAUCUUAAUCCUCUUACCAUAGUCAUCUUCUCCACUUUUGUUACCUUCUUUGUUCUUUCUCCUCCAUCCAUUUAUUUAGAAAGGAGUAAAUGGCCUACCAAGUUCAAUUUCAGACUGUUUUUGCAGCUUGUUUUAAUGUCUUUUGGAGGGGUGACUAUAUUCCAAAUCUUAUUCCUCAAAGGAAUAAUGCUAACUUCACCGGCCAUAGCAACCGCCAUGCCAAAUCUUGCCCCCGGUCUAAUCUUCAUCAUCGCCGCCACAUUCAAAUUGGAGAAAAUUAAGCUAAGUUGCAUUUACAGCAAAGUGAAGAUAGUUAGUAUAUUACUUUGUGUAAUAGGUGCCUUAACAAUGAGCAUUAUGCAAAGUAAUUCGCCAAUGCCAAAGAUAAAUCGAUUAUCAAACAGUCCGAUUUCUUUUGAUUCAAAUAGAAUCAUAGGUUGCAUCUACCUAAUGGCUGCAGUCUUCAUCCUCUCAUGUAACAUUGUUUUGCAGGCUAAAACACUAGUGGAAUUUCCUGCCCCUAUUUCAAUAUGUGCAAUAACAUCAUUUAUCGGGGCGACUAUGACAAUGUCAAUCGAAUUAUAUCAAAAUCAUAAGCUUGAUUUUGGUACGCCACAAGUGAUCAACACCAAAGACCUAAUCGGACUCUGCCUCCUCGGAGGUAUAAUUGGUGGAGUUAGCAAUAGUUUUGGUGGAUGGGCAAUGAAGAAAAAAGGGCCAGUUCUAGUGUCAAUGUUUACUCCUAUUUCAACUGUUGUUUCUGCAAUUAUCUCAUUCUUUACCUUUGGAGAAGUCCUCUCUAGUUCAAGUUUGAUUGGGAUGAUGGUAAUGUUUAUGGGUCUUUAUAUGUUCCUUUGGGCAAAGAGUAAAGAAGGUUUCACUUAUCUUCAACUUAAACCCAUAUCUCAAGAAGAACAUGGUGUGGAAAAGCCUCUCUUGUCUUAGAUUUUUCAAUUUCUUUUAUCCUUUGGAUAUUAUUAUGUAAAUUAAAACCCAAAUAUAUAAUGUAUGCUUUGUU